ACUGACUUAAGACAGGCUGAUUCUACACGCACAACAGUUCCGCCGACAGAUGCUUCUCUGAGUGUCAUUUACUUUCUCAUAACACACUGAGAGCUGUUGUAUUCUGCUGAUGGAAUAUUGGUCAAAGUACUGAACCAUGCUUCGGCUUCUGAGUGUGGUAUUGACCCUAACUGCGGCAGCUGGAGCUUGUAUGAAGUCAUGCGAGUGUGCAGACAACAACACCUCCAUCACUUGUUCAAACCAGAAUCUUCUGGAGUUUCCUCAACCUCUACAAGGUGUCAAGAACCUUUACGUGACUAACAGCUGGAUCCGUGCUCUCCCCAAUGAGGGUUUGGAAGAACUUUUGAUACUUGAUCUCACCAACAACCAUCUUGGUGCGUGGCUUACUGAUACUCCCACCUUACCAAAUAUGAGAAGCCUCACCCAGCUGUUUUUAAGAGGAAAUGGAAUUUGCACACUGGUGACUGGACAAUUUCAAGAACUGAACAAUCUCACUUUCUUGGAUCUCAAUCAAAACAACAUCAAGAUUCUCCCACCAAAGUUCCUCAAAGGUUUGACCAACCUUCAGGUCCUUACCUUGAGCUUGAACCAGAUACAAAACCUGCCUUGUACAGCUUUCAGUGGAGCUCCUGCACUUAGGGAGCUCCACCUGAACAAUAAUAAUAUACAGAUGAUAGAAAAAGGUGUGUUUGAAAACUGCACCAGUCUAGAAAAACUCAUUCUGUCAAAGAACCAUUUGAAAACCAUAGAGAAAGGGACAUUUUUAGGUCCACUGGGCUUGGCUCACCUUGAUCUUAGACUGUCCCCUGAUGACACUGAACACCUAUACUCGCUAAGAGACUUUAGACUUAGAGAGCUCCACCUGAGCAGUAAUAAUAUUGAGAUGAUAGAAAAAGGUGUGUUUGACAACUGCACCAAUCUGACUAAACUUCUUCUCUUCAACAACCACUUGAAAAGCAUAGAGGAAGGGACCUUCAGGGGGGCACCGUACCUGCUUCACCUUGAUCUUGGCAAAAACAGGCUUACUGCUGUGCCCACUGGCGCCCUUAAGGAUACUCCCAAUCUUAAUCACCUUCACCUGCAACAAAAUGCUAUCACCUUUGUUCCUGAAGAUGCUUUCACUGGACUAGCUGCAUUGAAGAAAUUGGACUUAAGCAAGAAUCCCCUUAUCCCGUGA